GCCAAAAACGAAGAUCGAACGGCUAUAUUUUAGUAGCCGUUAAUUUCAAAAUAGAGAAAGAAUGCAUGCGGGGACAUUGCCCCGUUGGCCUUCCAUCCUUGAUCUAAUUUUCGCUUUUUCCUUUGUUCGUUUUCUUACCUUUUAUUCCGUUCAUUAUAAUCAUCCCCAAUCAAAUCCUUUCCUCUUAACUUCUCUAUUUUUUUCUUUUUUUUUUUGGACGGGACAAUCCAAAAUCCUUUAAAGAAGCCCAAGAGAGUGAGUCGAGUGACCAAGGAGGCGGCUUUAGAAGACAAUAGAGCGUAGAGGGUUCUCUAAUGGAGUUUCUUUCCGGUGUUUUAAGGACUGAAGCUCAGUUUCAGUUGAUUUAUUAGCUUGAAUUUUCUCUUGGAUUGGACUAAACGCAACUUGAACCCAAGUUCUCUGCUACUACUGAGUUUAUUGAUCACGAUGGGUGGAUUAGAAGAGAAUAUAUAUCAGGACACUACAAACCCCUCAUUUUUUCAAGGUUCAAGAAUUGGGGGUGCUAAGUUUGCUAAGGAGAUGGGAAACAAUCAGAGAAGGGCAUUGAGUAGUAUCAAUCCUAACAUUUUUGGGGCAACUCAUAAUCCUUAUGUCAUCAACAAAAGGGAUUUUUCUGGGAAGCUACUACCAGCUCAUGUCGUUCAGCAUUGCUCUGAAGUUUGUAAUCGUCAAACUCAGAAUCUAAACUUAUUGGCAGUAAAGUCUAGUGGCAUAGAGGACUGUCAGAUUGUAGAAGUGGAGGACUUUGAGGAUAACAAGGAUGUCCCAGUACCAAUGUUUGUGAAGCACACAGAAGCUCUUCUAGAUGAAUUUGAUCAGGAGGAAGUUGAAAUGGAAGAUGUGGAAGAUGAAGAAGAAGAUGUGGAAGAGGAACCUGUCAUGGAUAUCGACAGCAGCAAUUUGAAAGAUCCACUUUCAGUUGUUGAGUAUGUAAAUGAAAUUUAUGUCCACUAUAGGAAAACUGAGUGUUUAAGCUGUGUCUCUCCAAAUUACAUGGCUCAUCAACCUGACAUUAAUGAUAAAAUGAGAGCCAUACUCAUUGACUGGCUUAUUGAGGUUCACCACAAGUUUGAACUCAUGGAAGAGACACUUUUCCUGACUGUCAAUCUGAUUGAUAGGUUCUUAGAACGACAAAUAGUGAUCAGAAAGAAGCUUCAGUUAGUUGGGGUAACAGCAAUGUUAUUGGCAUGCAAGUAUGAGGAGGUUUCAGUCCCUGUAAUUGAGGAUUUUGUGCUCAUAACUGACAAGGCAUACACAAAGCAAGAUGUUCUAGACAUGGAGAAAUUGAUUGUGAAUGAGUUACAAUUCAACUUUUCUGUCCCUACACCAUUUGUUUUCUUGAGGAGAUUUCUCCAAGCCGCUCAGUCAAACAAAAAACUUGAAAUUUUGUCAUCCUACAUCAUUGAGUUGUGCUUAGUGGAGUACAAAAUGCUCAAGUUUUCGCCGUCUUUACUCGCUGCUGCAGCAAUUUACACUUCUCAGUGUACUCUCUGCGGGUCUAAGCAGUGGAGUAAGACCAGCGAGUGGUACUCUAAUUAUUCAGAAAACCAACUCCUAGAAUGCUCAAGAUUGAUGGUUUCUUUCCAUCAAAAGGCUGGAAAGGAUAAGAAACUGACUGGAGUAUACAGGAAAUACAACACAAAGAAAUUUGGGUUCGCAGUUAGAGCUGAACCAGCAAACUUUCUAAUAGGUGUGUCUACCGAGUUUUGAGUUCCUUUUUCGAAUUUCAAACCGAAAAGCAACAAAAGUUGCCCCCCCCCCCACCCUUCUUCUCUUCUCUGCUCUGCUAAGUCUUAAAACAAACAAAACAUAUAUAUACACCAACGGCUUUUCUGAGCACAAUUUUAGUGGGUUUCUUUCUUCUUUUGUUGCCAAAAACUUAUUAUUUAGCAGUGUUGAUCUGUGUGACCAUGAAUCUAUAUUUCUACUACAUUCACGGUUUUAUUUUGUAAGUAGUGUUAGAUGUGUAGAUAUGUUUCUUUCUCCUCCCCCCUCUUGUCAGAACUGAAUUUUUAUAUAUACACACAACAUCAUACUCUAUAAUGUUUAAGGAUGAGAAUCAAUAAUUCAUUUCUGCCCACCGUUUUUGGGGUUCUGG